AUGCAGAGGAUCCUCCGACUCGUCAGGAGGGUGCUGGAGCCUUCCGCGCCCGGCACCGCCGGGGCCUCCGAGCUCCGGAGGAAGGGCUGGAGCGAGCUGCACCGCGCGGCCGCCAGAGGUGACCUGGCCCGGCUGCAGCAGCGCUGGUGGUGGAAGAAGCUCCGCAUCGACGGGCGGAACGCGGACAAGCAGACACCUCUGCAUCUUGCUUGUGCAAAUGGCCACGCAGAUGUCGUUCAGUUUCUAGCAGAAAACAAGUGCCAGCUAAACCCUAGUGACAAUUUUAAGAAAUCGCCACUGGUGAACGCAGUAGAGCACCAGCACAAAGACUGUGUGGCUGUUCUGCUGGAGCAUGGUGCCAACCCAGACUUCAAAAGUGCUGACAGCAACACUGCCCUUCACGUGGCUGCCAGCAUUCCCAGCAAAUCUCUAGUGGAGCUGUUACUUGAGCACAAGGCCAAUAUUGAGGCUCAGAAUGAGGUGGGAUACACUCCGCUUACAGUUGCAGUCACCAAGCACUGUGAAGAGAUGGUCGAGUUCCUUCUUCAAAAAGGAGCUGAUGUGCAUGCUGAAGAUAUACAUGGAAG